AUGUGUUGCUACAAGGUAGUAUCGGUGCAGUUCAAAUUGAUGGGUCUAGGCAGCCUUGUGGAGAAGACGAUAUUGAAGCAAUACUUGAAAAUAUUUUCCAACUUCCACAGGCAUGCUUUCUGCUGGAUUGAUUCAUGGUAUGAUCUCACCGAUGAGGAAUUGCAAGAAUAUGAUGAAGAAGUUGCUCGCCAAUUGCGGCAAUUGCUUAACACUGAAAAGAAAAGGGGAGUGACAUUGGACGACUAA